CUCCCAGCCCCUUUCAGCCAUUUCUGACUCGGGAAUCAAAGGCAGGCUGCUGGAGGAGAAGCCAGGGCUUGGAAGGAGGCAGGGGAGCCCCUGGGGACCCCCAAAAUGACCUCCCAGGAGAAGGAGAACUUGCUCCGCUUCAGGCAUCACAUCCAGAAGACCCUCAACCCGGUCUACAUCCUCAGCUACAUGAAGAACUGGCUCGACGACGAGAUAGUGGAGAAAAUUCAGGGGCUGAAGGACAAACCCACAACUGCUGCAGAGCUAUUUCUUCAGUCCCUUGUGGAACUCACAUCAGAGGGAUGGUUCCGUGGAUUUUUGGAUGCACUGAAUGCGGCAGGUUACACUGGCCUACAUCAUGCAAUUGAAAAUUGGAAUUUUGAAAUGAUUCAAAAUCUGGACCCUUACAGAUCAUUGCUGAAAGUCAUUGAGCCCUCUUUGCGAGAUGUUGAUCCUGAUCACAUAUUACCGUACAUGGUAGACUGCCUCAUCGAUCAGGAGUGGGAAGAAAUACGGCAGACUAAAGUGAACUUUGGUAAAGGUGCAAGUACAAUGAAACUUCUAGAAUGCCUGCGAAGGUCAGACAAAGUAAAUUGGCCUAAAACCUUCCAGCUGGCAUUGGAUGAAGCUGACUAUGUCAAGCAAAGUAAAUUGUUUAAUUCGAAACAAGAUAAUGAUAAUACCACAGAUGCUGAAAUGAUGGAUGCAGAUGAGGAUAACAUCAUUGUUGAUAUAAAUGUACAGUAUUCUGAAGAAGCAGAAUCUGACAAUCUUAGCGCAAGCCCUUCUUCACCUUCAAAAACUUCCCAGGAACCCAUUUAUGUUCCAAAGGAGGCUAGAAACUAUCAGAAGGAACUUGCCUUGCCUGCUCUCAGUGGUAAACAUACCAUAAUUUGUGCCCCAACUGGAUCUGGAAAAACCUUUGUGUCGGUAAUGAUAUGCGAUCAUCACCUCCGGAACAUGCCUCCUGGAAAGAAAGGGAAAGUAGUCUUCCUUGCUACUAAGGUCCCAGUGUAUGAACAACAGAAGAAAGUUUUCCAAGAGUAUUUCAAAAGAAGCGACUUCACAGUUUCAGGGAUAUGUGGGGAAAUAGCAUCUGUUUGCCCUGUAGAUAUGCUCAUUGAGGGGAAUGAUAUCACUGUCAUGACACCCCAGAUUCUUUUGAAUUGUCUCAACGAUGGAACGCUACCUUCCCUUUCAUUGUUUACGCUGAUGAUUUUUGAUGAGUGCCACAACACAAUUGGAAACCACCCUUACAGUGUAUUAAUGUCCAAAUACUUGGAUCUUAAGUUUGAACAACCUGAGACGCCAUUACCUCAGAUUAUAGGGUUGACAGCUUCUCUUGGAGUUGGCAGUGCCAAGAACCAGAAUGAGACUAUAGAAUAUAUCUGCAAGAUCUGUGCUUCACUCAAUGCUGAAGUCAUAUCAACGGUCAGAGAGAACAUACAAGAGCUGGAGGAAAUUGUCUACAAACCCCAAAAAUCAAUUAGGCUUGUUCAGAAACGGCCCCAGAACCGCUUUGUGGACAUUAUAGUGCAAAUGAUGGCUGAAACAGAAGACUUGGCAAGAAAACUUUAUCCUAUAGAUACUUUGUCCCAUAUCCAGAAUAGGAAUUUUGGAACCCAGAAAUAUGAACAGUGGACAGCUGAUGUGCAGAAGAAAUGCAUAGUGUUAAAACUGCAAGAUAAGGAGGAAGAAAGUAGGAUUUGCAGAGGUCUUUUUAGUUACACAGAGCAUCUUCGGAAAUAUAAUGAUGCUCUCAUUAUCAAUGAAGAUGCACGUACCUGUGAUGCUCUGGAAUAUCUGAAGGAAUUCUUUGAUUGUAUGGCAAGUGGGGGUUUUGAUGAAAUUGAACAACAGUUGGCAUCUAAGUUUGAAGCCAAAUACCCCGAGCUGUAUGCAGCUUCACAAGAUAAAUCCAGUGAAAAUCCCAAAUUGGAAGACAUUACUUUUAUCCUGGAGGAAAUAUACCAUCUCAACCCCCAGACUCGCACGAUUCUGUUUGUUAAGACAAGAGCACUAGUGGCUGCAUUGAAGAACUGGAUAGAAGAAAGCCCCCAGCUUCAACACUUAAAGCCAGAUGUAUUGAUGGGCCGUGGGAAAAGAAAUCAGAAAACUGGUAUGACCCUUCCCAAUCAGAAAGGUGUCUUGGACUCCUUCAAAACAGAUGGGGACAGCAAGAUUCUCAUAGCUACUUCCGUUGCUGAUGAAGGGAUUGAUAUUGCUCAGUGCAACCUUGUCCUGCUCUAUGAAUAUACAGGCAAUGUAAUCAAAAUGAUACAAGUCAGAGGUCGUGGAAGAGCAAAGGAUAGCAAGUGUAUCCUUGUGACUAGCAAGAAAGAGCAGGAGGAGAAUGAGAGAUGGAACAUGUUGAAAGAGGAGAUGAUGAACAAAGCCAUUGAGAAUGUGCAAGAUUGGAAGGAGGAAAGGUUUGCGCAGAAGAUAAGCGAUCUGCAAAAGAAGCAAAAGCAGCUGCAAGAUUCCAAGAAGAAAGAACCCCAGCGACAGCUGCUGUCAGGCAAUCGAAGGUUGUUGUGUAGGAAAUGCAAACGAGUUGCCUGUGACACAGACCACAUCAGAGUGAUUGAGGGAUCCCACCAUACAGUCUUAGAUGAAACAUUUACAGAACGCUAUAAUACAGUACCUCACAGCGAACAAUCCUGCUAUGGCAGUUUUGAGAAAAAAUGCAAGCUGUAUUGUAAUGCUGACAAAUGUCAUAAUGACUGGGGAAUCACAGUUAAGUACAUGGCAUUUGAUGAUCUGCCCAUCAUAAAAAUCGGAAGCUUUUCAGUGGAAGAUGUUGCCACGGGGAAACAGACUUAUUUCCGGAAAUGGAGAGAUGUUAAUUUUGCAAUGAAAGAAUUUGAUAUUAAAGAAAUGUACAAUUCAAGCAUGGAGUAGUCCACUUUCUAUUCAGCCUAGUUUUCAGUGAAUAAAGACCUCUUGUUUUAAGAUGUAACAGGUGACAUUUGGGGUAAGGCAUGUUUUAAGAUAAAUGGCAUUAGGUUUCAUAGUUUUCAUGGUAUUUUAACUUUGAAUUUAUGUCCAUUAGACUUGCUUAAUCAAAUUUCCUUCAGCAAAGCCAUUAAGAUCAUGGCAGCUCGACUAAAUCAUAUAGUACUUGUUUCUUCAUUCAUGUUCACUUAUUAAAUUCAUGUUUACUUAUUAAAUUGUCCAUAGCUUUCACUUGUAUAAAUAUCUGAGAUAUGUUUUGGGUGGAAUCUUUCUGCUGUAUGAUUCAGCAACAUUACAUAAUUACUUUAAACAUGAAUCUCUGUUUGUGGGAUACUGGAAAUAAAAGUAUUAUUAUUAUA